CACACGCACUCCGCAGUGGUUGUACUUGUGUGCUGUUCUGCCAGGCUUUUGCAGAGCGUUAGCCAGCCAUCCCCAUUGCAAACCCGCCCCUGUCUCCCUCUUUUUCUCCUUUUAGAUUUAGUCACUUUAUUGAGUGACAGGUCUCUCAGCCGAGCUUUCGGUGAUCUUUUGUAGCUUUUUCACUUGAGGUGCUCAUUUUGACAGGACUUCUUCAUGGAGGAUUACCAUAAACCCGACCAGCAGACUCUGCAGGCGCUGCGCAACAUUGCCAAUCGCCUCCGGAUCAACUCUAUAAGAGCUACGACCGCAGCUGGCAGUGGACACCCGACAUCAUGCUGCAGUGUGGCAGAGAUCAUGUCGGUGCUGUUUUUCCACACCAUGAAGUACCGCCCUGAAGAUCCCAGGAACCCCAACAAUGACCGCUUCAUCAUGUCCAAGGGACACGCAGCUCCCAUCCUGUAUGCGGCGUGGGCGGAAGCCGGCUACCUGAAGGAGAGCGAGCUUCUGAACCUCCGCAAGAUUGACUCCAUCCUUGAGGGUCACCCAGUGCCGAAGCAGCAGUUUGUGGAUGUGGCCACUGGCUCUCUGGGUCAGGGCCUGGGUGCUGCCUGUGGGAUGGCCUACACUGCCAAAUACUUUGACAAGUCCAGCUACCGUGUGUACUGUCUUCUGGGAGAUGGAGAGAUGUCGGAGGGGGCAGUGUGGGAGGCCAUGGCCUUUGCCUCCUACUACCAGCUGGACAACCUGGUGGCCAUCUUGGACAUCAAUCGGCUGGGACAGAGCGACCCCGCUCCCCUUCAACACCACAUGGAAAAGUACCAGAAACGCUGUGAAGCAUUUGGCUGGAACGCCAUCAUAGUGGACGGACACAGUGUGGAGGAGCUGUGCAAGGCGCUGUCCCAGCCACGCCACCAGCCCACUGCCAUCAUCGCCAAGACCAUCAAGGGCAAGGGCAUCCCAGUGGCGGAGGAUAAGAUGGGUUGGCAUGGCAAGCCGCUGCCCAAGGACAUGGCCGACGGCGUCGUCAAGGACCUGCAGAGCCGCAUUCUCAACACCAGCAAGCGCCUGUACCCAGCCAUGCCCUCAGAGGACACCCCGCCUGUCAGCCUGCGCAACGUCAGGAUGCCCAGCGCCCCCAGCUACAAACCUGGGGAGAAGAUAGCCACACGGAAGGCCUAUGGGAUGGCCCUGGCUAAGCUUGGACGCUACAAUGAGCGUGUCAUUGCCCUUGAUGGAGACACCAAGAACUCCACCUUCGCUGAGAUCUUCAAGAACGAGCACCCCAACCGCUAUGUGGAGUGUUACAUUGCUGAGCAGAACAUGGUGAGCGUGGCAGUGGGCUGUGCCACCCGCGACAGGAAUGUGGUCUUCGCCUCCACCUUCGCCACCUUCUUCAGCCGCGCCUACGACCAGCUCCGCAUGGCCGCCAUCUCCGAGAGCAACAUCAACCUCUGCGGCUCCCACUGCGGUGUCUCCAUCGGGGAGGAUGGACCUUCUCAAAUGGGCCUGGAGGACCUGUCCAUGUUCCGCGCUAUCCCCACGGCAACAGUAUUCUACCCCAGUGAUGGUGUGUCCACUGAGAAAGCUGUGGAGUUGGCUGCCAACACAAAGGGUGUGUGCUUUAUCCGAACCAGUCGCCCAGAGCACGCCAUCCUUUACAACAACAACGAGGACUUCCAUGUUGGACAGGCAAAGGUUGUUUACAAAACCAACGAUGACCACGUGACUGUGAUUGGAGCUGGUGUUACUCUCCACGAGGCUUUGACUGCUGCUGAGCACCUCAAGAAAGAGAGAAUCAACAUCAGAGUGAUUGAUCCCUUCACCAUCAAGCCCCUGGAUGCAAAGACCAUCAUUGACAAUGCCAAGGCCACUAGGGGGCGUAUUGUCACAGUGGAGGAUCACUACUAUGAGGGUGGCCUGGGAGAGGCAGUGUGCUCCGCCGUGGUGAACGAGCCGGGGAUUACGGUGCAUCGUCUGGCUGUGGCCCAUGUCCCGCGCAGUGGCAAGCCACAAGAGCUGCUCAAGAUCUUCGGCAUCGACCACGACGCCAUUGCCCAGGCGGUCAGGAAGAUGCUCAGCAACUCGGUCAACGCAAAGUAAAUCUGGCGACUGUCGGGCGACAAACCUUGGUAACCUCAACAAAAAGGGAGACACUUCCUUGUCUGAACACGCUCCCCCUCUUGAAAGAAGAAAAUGUCACUGAAAUGAAUAAAGAAAAAAAAAAGCCAAGAAAGAAAAAGAAAUGUAGUUCUUCUAAAUGUCAUUGAUGUUGUUUGACCCCUUACCCCCCACCCCUCACCCCACCCUUUCAGGUGACCUUUCCUCUAUGCCCCUUGAUUCUUAAUCUACCCUGAGCCCCUAACCCCUAAAAAAAAGAGUAACGCUGUAGUGUGAAGUGCGCAGUGAAGGUUUCUGGAGUAACGUUGGCGUCGUUUUGGAGUCAUGUUUUUUCACAUUUUUGAAAUGCCCACACAGACACCACCAUUCUAUGUCCCCUCCCUUCUCCUCCUCUUUGAUGCAUUUGGGUUUGGUUUUAGUACACUGUUUUUAGACCCUUGUCCCCAUUGGGAACAUACACCAAUAAAGUGAUGGAUUCUUCACA